AAAGAGAGAAUUGGAUGUGGUUGUGGUCAUGAGUUUACGCUGGUUAUCUGCUCUAUUAUGGAGACACAGGGUCUGUGGUCUACUGACAGUACUGACGCUCGUACUGUUUCUCGUGCUGCUCGCCCCACAAUCUCUACACACCAACAGGAUGGCCGCAGAUAGCACUCUCUCCUGGCUAGGUCAGCUCGAGGUGGUCAAUAUCUCACAUCUGGUAAAGAGGCGUACGCUGCAGAUUAUUCUGUUUCGACUGGGGGAAAGAGACACAGCGACGUUUGCCUUUCCAUACCACACCUACCAAUUCAUCUAUCCAGACAGAUUCAGAGCUGGGGUUGUGGACUACCUUCCCGAGGGUUCAUCUCAGUUUGAUCUGCUCUGCAGUCACAUGCGUUUGGACCUGACACAGGUGAGACAGGUGAUUCCUCAGAACACUGUCUUCAUCACGCUGUUAAGAGAUCCCAUCAAGACUUUUGAGUCCAUCCCAGGGUUCCUCGGUGCGCAAAGAUCCUCCGCUUACACCGCCGACAAAGACAAAUCAGCACUUGCUGUGUUUCUGGAGUCUCCGGAGCGCUUCUGGGACCCAAAGAACGGUCCGGCCAAGAACCCAAUGAGCUCCGACAUUGGACUGAACAACCAGAAGCGGAACUCUUCCUGGCCUGAAGAUCUGGAUCAGCUGGAGGAGGCGUUUCAUCUGGUGAUGAUCGCCAAACACUUCGAUGAGUCUCUGGUCCUGAUGGGGGCUCUCCUUCGACUGGAGCGUGAGGAUUUCGUUUACCUCCAGCUGAACCCUCGAGCAAGCGACAGCUUGACGGAGAUAGACGAUCAUGAGGCAAAACUGCGAUCGUGGAACACGCUGGACACACUGCUGUAUGACUUCUUUCUGCAGGUGAUCUGGGAGAAGGUGGAUCAGUUCGGACAGGAGAGGUUAAACGCAGAAGUGGUGAAGCUCAGGACCUCUACGGAGAACAUUCAGCAGAAAUGUGUGUCUAGGGCCGCAGUGCCACCUGCAGAACUGGAGGACUUGGUGCGUCCGUGGCAACCUGAAUAAGUCACUAUACAUCCUCUCCUCGGAUACGAGGUGAGAGGAAACCUGUCGAUAGAGGAUGAGGAAUUCUGUGUGAGAAUGAUGUUGCCCGAGCUUCAGUAUCACUCACACUUAUACUUCAAACAGUACAGUCGAGAUAUGAGAGCUGCUCCUGCGGACUGA